AUGUAUCAAGCACAACAACUAUUCUUACAAAGAUUGGAGAACACUGAACAGGAGUUGUCCAAUCUUAGCAAACAGGUCAAGGAAUGUAAUGACAACCAAACCGAAGUAAAAGCUAUGCUGCAGCACAUUGUUCAACAAUCUACUUCUUCGAGCACGGCCAAUGUUGCGAGACUACAUGGAGUGAUAUGCCGUCCAAGCAAAGCAGACAACAAACAUCUGGAGGAGCUUUCUGUUGAGCUAUGCAUCAGCGUCCUUGAGGAGCAUCGAUUAGGUGGUGGGAAAAACCUUGAUGGCAAGAAGGUCUGGGAGCUUGUCAAAGAUGCAGCAUACAACCAGGCAAAGAAAGCUGAUAGACAGUUCCCAAAUAUCACUUUCAGCAAGCUGGACAACAGGUUACAAGCCUUGUUGGUCAAGACCGUCAUUAACGAUGUAGCCAAAAAGGGCGUUGACAUCUCUGGGUUCUUCAAAGAUUGGUUGCCGCAGUUUGCUGUCUCCAAACCAUUGUCUGGCAUAAUCGAUUACAAAUACAAUGCCAGGCCAAGCAAUGACACCGCAACUCACGAAACCCAAUUCGAUGAUGAUCUGGUAUUUUCUGAGGGAUCCCAGGCGCAAUCCGAAGAAGAUUCUGUCGACGAUGACGAAAAUUCGAUUGUAGACAAGAUCAAUUUUCAUGUUUCUCGAAAUACUGGAUCACAAAAGUAA